UUGAAAAAAUUAUUACUCUGUUUAGUUUUAUAAUUUGGUGAGCCUUGUAAGCUGUGUUUAAUGCAAUUAAACAGUUUGUAAGGCUGAACAAAUUAAGUUACGUGUAUCUUAAGUUGAAGCGCGUUUCGUCGUUGCAAAACGAGCUUCAGUUUAUGAGACAUGUAUGUGCAGUUUAUUAACGUUGAUAUACACACAUAUUAAAGAUUUACUGAUGGACAUUUUCGUGAAGCUGAUCCUCGGAUUCUAAAUAGAACGCGUUCUAAUGACGUGAGAGCUGCGGCAGAUUUAUAUGCACGUACUUUAUUAGAAUUCUUUGUUGGGUGUUCUGGCGUUGGUUGUGGUUAGUGGUUUUUGUGCAGUUUGCGAUUUCUUGAUUGAUUUACGGUUAUUGAUUCACGGUUUUGACACUUUUUUCGGACUUCGACUACGGCUUUGGAUUUGCGAUUUCACUUUGACACAUUCGGACACGGUUUUGGAUUUCCCGGUAACGACCCUUUUCUUCUGACUUCGACUGACGGCUUUGGACACCCCUUGGAUUUGGUUAACUCGGCAAAACCCCAAUAAUGGGAGUUUUAUCCGUGUGUGUAAGUAUAAAUUUUCACACAAUAUAAGGCCUACUAGUAAUUAACAAAUGCUAACUCUUAGUAAAGUAUUUAAUGUGUGUGUGUGUGUAUGUGUGUGUGUGUGUGUGUGUGUGUGUGUGUGUGUAAAUAUAAUACAUUUCAUGUUUGAACGUACACUCAUAGUUAUAAUAAUUCACAGUCAUUAGACAGCUGUAUGUGCACUCACUUUCUCGUUUCUUUUUCUUAACCCUCUUUCUUGUGCAGGAGGAAGCACCGAGCAAGGUGUUUGGUGUUCCCUUGUCACAUCUGAGAAAGACCGGAAGGAUGAGACAGGGGCUUCCUCUGGCCUUCACACACCUGGUGAGCUUCCUCGAGAAGCAUGGUGAGUGCUGGCUUGAUGUUUGACUGUGUUUCCAAGUGUUUGUCACGCAUCUGACAAUGUAUUUGUGACAUAUGUGUUUAGGCCUUAGUACCAUAGGCUUGUUCAGGGUUGGUGGGACAGUAUUGCGGCAGUAUGAACUGAGGAAAUGUUUUGAUCGUGGAGGCUUCCCAAAGAUGAACAUUGAGGAUGUUCAUUCCUCAGCCUACGUCUUGAAACAUUUCCUCAGGACUCUUCCUGGUGGUCUUAUUCCAGAGCCAUUCAUGAUUGAACUGCGGGAAGUGUUCAAGAUGUUCAGACUUAGCAAACGUCACAAGGCAGUGAAGAAAAUACUGGAUACCAUUCCAGAGGAAAAUUACAAUAUCCUCUGCUCUCUAACGUUCUUCCUGUCCCGAGUGGCUGCCGAGAGUCAUUUCAACCGCAUGACCACCACCAACCUGUCCAUAGAAUUUGGGCCGAUCAUCUUUCAUGUUCCUCAAGGCCCCACAAAGCUUGAGGAAGAAGAGAUGUGCAUCAGCUUCACAGAGUACAUGCUGGACAACCUCAGACAUCUACUGCCCAAUAUGUACCCUCAAGCAUCUGCCACCAAAACAGCAGAGGGAGACAGUGUGUCUGAGACGGGAGGGGACUUCACUCCUGAAAAGUGUGUCCAGCAGGUGCUUCUCACAGAGACAAGCUCAAAACCACCAAAACUUGGUCGACUUGGGCGUCUGAGAAGACGAUUUUUGCAAUUUUGGCGAAGGAAGGUGCGAAGUGAAAGAGAGUGAAGAACCCUCUUGGGCUGGUGAUGUUUAAUGCAAGUCUCCACAGCCAGUGAGAGACUGAGGGAUGGUAAGGGGCACCAGUAAAUAAGGGGGCCAGUGAGGGUCACCAGAAGGCACAGACGUUGGUGAGGGUCACCAAAGGAACCUGAGGGCUGGUGAGGGUCACUGGAAGUCAGUGGAGCCGAUGAGGUAAACUGAAAGGGAAACUGGUGAGGAUUUCUUAAUGACACCAGUGCGAUGCAGUGCUGUGAUGCUCAUCAGAAAACAACGCAUGCUGUUGAGGAUCACUGGAGCUGCUGGACGUGAGGUGCAAUCAAAGAUUUGAUUAUAAGGACAAAGACAAGGCAGAUGCUGAUUCUGAAUCUGACUGAAAUAAAGCUUGUCAUCUUCAGUCAGUUGGUGUCUUUCUCUUUCUUUAUGUCUGCAUACUCUUAUUGUAUACUUAAGGAGGCAAGUUAAAAAAAAAUUGUACUCAAACAUUCAUUAUUAUUAUUAUCUUUAAAUGCAUUUACAACAUUAUAAGCAUGGGUAUUACACAACUGUUCACAUAAGAACACCCUAAACCUGAUAAAGUACCAGCAACUAACUGCAUUAAUAU